CUGGUCGCACGUUUUCCCUUAGCGCGAAUUAAACAAACUCGACAUUCGUCACUCGACAAAUACGGUCGAAGAGUUAGCCGACAGUCUCGUAUUGUUGUGCCAUCGUAGCUUUGGCAAAACGGUUUAGCGGUGUAUCAUCAUAAUUGCGGCAGUCGAUUCGGAAGUGUGUGUAACGUGUUUCGUGUAUUUCCGUUAUUUUGCGACAUUUCAGUUUUGUGCUGUCGUUUUAAGCUACGAACAUCAAACUGUACGGAAGGAAUUGGGAUCUUUCGAGUUUUUGUUAAUGUGAAUAAAAUUAACUUGUGAAGCCUAGAAAGUCUAUAAAUUGUAGAUACACAUACAAACGCGUAUGAAAAGUAGUGGUAAAUUGUUGGUGUCUGUUGUCGAAGUGCCCGGUGCUUGCGGAAGCGUGUUACAUUUUCAGCAGCCCGUCAGUGUCGGGAAAUCUGUGCCACUUACCCGAAAGUGAGACGUUUGACGCGUGGCCUGAAAAGAUGAAAACAAAAAGUGGCUGCAACGAGUUAAGAUAUUCAUAAAGUGUUUGAAUUCAAGCAUUUGGGCACUUGAACCACUAGAAGAUUUUAAACAUUUUUGCUAUAUAAAAAGGCGCCUAAAUGCAAUUUUACUGAUUCACAAAGCGCAUAAAUUACAUUUGCCAACGGAACGUUGCAACUAAUUUGAACUUUCACAUCGAAAUAACGAAGGUCGUACACGUCGAAAAUGCUGUUGCCAGGCAGAAAUGUUCACACCUCACCGACUUCAAUGACACGCCUUCUGCUGCUGAAAUUCCUUCUAAGCGCUGCCUUUUCGGCCCACUUUGUUGCAACGGAAAUCGCCUCUGCCGCUGGCGACUCAACUGGCGUGCAGGCUAAUAGUUUGGCGCGGCGUGUGUUUAGCACCGACAGCGGAGGCAGCGUUUGUUCCGUACGCAAAUUUCAGGCGAUGGCCAAAGCUAUCGAUGAUGUGGAGGACUUGGAAUUGGAUGUGCCUGUUAACAUCGCUUUUGACAGUCAUCAGAAAAAACGGUUUUUGCUGCAAUUCAAUAGCUCGGCGCCGCUUACCAUUAAUUUCUCGCAGCAGGUCGUACGCAAGAUAUUCUUCAAUCAAACAAUAAAUUUAUCGCGUUCACUUAAAUCAGAUCAACGCAUGGUAGUGCUGCCCUGUGCGCUGCGCGGUCAAUAUGAUAUUUUCGUGCAAGCCCGGCAGCGAGGCUCAAUUAAAAUCGAAGCUCAUGCAGCACAUCCGCAGUCCAGUUGGCCGUUACUUAAUCGAACGCAUCACAUUCGCAUUCGCACACAAAAUCUGGUGCGUAAACGCCAAAUGAUUGUGAAGUGGGACAAGAGCAAAUUCGAUUUUCAUGCAGUACACUACUGCCUGAUUGUGAACACACAUCAACGCCAAUUGAACUUCUGUAACGCCGUCGAUGACUACUUUGCAAGUGCGGCUGGGCGAGUGAAUGUCGGCGCACCAGGCAGCUGCUAUCCUGGCUCAUUGGUGGACUACAUCUGGUUGAAACCACCGGAGCGUGCUAAGAAAAUUGAUCCACGCAUCAUCAACAUUAUCUGUACGGGCGCUCACACUCAGCAACUGUUGCGAGGAGUGCUGCCGAAUCGUACUUACUACUUGGACGUUUUCGGAGUACAUACUCGACGGCAAAACUUGACUUUCCACAUUGCUUCUGCGCAAGUCGAGUACAAUCGUACGCAUCCGCUUUCUCUGAGUGACGAUAUGUUGAGCAUGAAGAAGAUAUCCGGAUUGAAUGGCAUACAAGUCUUCAGUUUUAAGGUUCCUGGUAGAAAAAUUAAUUCAAUCUACAGACAAUUCAACAGGCAACUACGGUAUCUUAUUGUGCCAUGUGGUGGCAGCGAAAUUGAUAUAAAAAUACUUUUAAAGCGACAAGUUAUGGGCAAUGCGACGGGUAUAUAUAGGCCCACAUAUAUACGACUCUCAGAAGUACAUAAAGGCCAGCGGUAUAUAGCACGUUUCACGCCCAGCAACGAAGACGAAAUGCUGCGGGCGCACAAAGUAGGACUCGCUGUCACAACCACCGGCAUCUUUCAACAUCUACCCGAGCUGCCCGACAAUAUAACGGUUUUCGAGGUGAGCACCCGCUGCUCCUUAGCCACCAUUGCAUGGUACAGUUCGCCGGACAGUCGAACAAUAAGGUACUGCAUAAUUGUGUUCAAUUUACCGCAGCGCAAUCGUAGCUCCAUUGAUUAUACGAACUACUGCCUAGACUUUGGAAAGCGUGUGGUGCAGCAUCCACUAUUCCAAUCCAUUAAAUGCAUUGAGCGCUCAAAAAGUUCUCCCUUCGAAACACAUACAAUAUUUAAUCUGACGCCAGGUGAAACUUAUCUCAUCUACGUUACUGCCAAUCUGAAUGAAGGCCGGCCACUGCCAUACCAGUCAUUGCGGAUCACAACGGGUCAUCAAUGCAGCAACGAACUGCUCGAAUCACGAGAAUCAACACCAUACUAUUGAACUUUCUCUGAAUUUGCUGCUUUAAAGGAAAUCCACAAUUUUGGAGGAUCUCUAGCUUGUGCCGUGAAGGCAUAGUGACAGUGCACACUGUUUCUGGUGCCUUCGAAUGGAUUUGUAUUGAAAUCGUUUUUAGCUUUUGGCAAAUUAAAUUCAUUAGUAAAUGAAGAGUAAAGGAAGCCAGAUGAAAGUGUCAAAUUUAUGCUUGUAAAAUAUAUACCACCUACAUAUAAUAUUAAACCUACCUAAUUGAUAUACAGACAAUGUUGUUGCCAGUUCAAUAAGCUAAGCGCAAAAAGACUUAAGCCUUCGCUAAUGAAAAACAACACAGAAUAUGGUUGUUAUAGUAGAGCAAGGUAAAAAAAGUGAUGGGUGUUGCUUAUAUACAUAUUUAUGCAAUUACA